AUGGACAGGGAAAACAUUUGCGGUGACCCAGGCUCUGGUACACAACCGCGACAGAUGGAACAGACUGGUGCAAAGCUUGUCAUGACGGCAUCCCAACAUCUCCACCAGGAGUUACGGGUGCAAAAAGAAGAAGAUUCAACAGGUCCUGGUUGUGUCUCUGUGAAUAAAAUGCUGUGGACAUUGAUUCUUCUGAUUGGUUUCCUACCUGUUUCAGGUGCAUUGUGGGCAGAGCAGUAUGUAAGAGGAGUUGUGGGAAGAGUGAUCACAAUCGAUUGUCACUAUGAAGCAAAGUACCGCUCACACACAAAGUAUUGGUGCCGUGGAUGGAGUCAACAAUGUUCAGUUUUAGUGGAAACAAAAGGGCAACAUGGAUGGAGUGGACGAGUGUCAAUCACAAAUAACCCGGAACGGGGAAUAUUUACUGUUACUAUGGAGGAUCUUUGCUCUGGAGAUACAGGAUGGUACAGCUGUGGAAUUACAACACCAGGUGCUGAUCCGAUGUUUAAUGUAGAUCUACAAGUAUUUGAUGAACCUGUGUCUGUUCCUGUGGUUCGAUAUCUAUCACCAGCAAAUGUCUCACGUCUCGGGGGCUCAGUGUCAGUUUCCUGUGAGUCCCUCCAGGGAUCCCUUCCCAUUCAGUACAGCUGGUAUGAACAAACCUCAUCUGGGCAUCGAAAGGUAUCAGGCACCAAUGAACUGGCUCUGCAUUGUCAAUCCUUCAACCACCAGCACUAUCAAUAUUACUGUGGAGCCUCAAAUUGGAAGGGAGCAAGAUCCAGUGCAAUGGUUAAUGUGACAGUCUUCAACAAUGGAGAGAUCUGCAGUCAUGUGACAGCAAUCAAUGGCACCAUUUCAGGUGCUUUGUGGGCAGAAGAUGAAGUAAGAGGAGUUGUGGGAAGAGCGGUCACAAUCGAUUGUCACUAUGCUCCAGUGUACCGUUCACACACAAAGUAUUUCUGCCGCAAGGGGUCGCAAGUGGGGUGCACAUUGUUAGUGAAUACAAAUGGGCAAAAUGAGCAGUCUGGAAGAGUGACAAUCAGAGAUAACACAUCCCAGGGAAUAUUUACUGUUACUAUGGAGAAGCUUGUCUCUAAUGAUAAAGGAGUUUACAGAUGUGGAAUUACGACAUCUGGCAAGCAUCCAGUGUUUGAUGUGCAUCUACAAGUAUCUGACGAACUCGUGUCUGAUCCUUUGCUUCAAUUUUCUCCACCAACAAGUGGCUCAAGUUGUGGGGACUCCGUGUCAGAGUCUGUCCAUGGAUCCCUUCCCAUUCAGUACUCAUGGUAUGAAAAGACGCCAUCUGGGGAUUCAAAGAUCUCUGACACCAACAAACUGGAUCUACAUUGUCAAUCCUUAAAAUACAAAAAAUAUGUGUACUAUUGCAAAGCCUCAAAUGUUAAUGGAGAAGAGUCCAGUGAAAUGGUCAAUGUGUCCAUCUCCAACAGUGUCAGCACCUGCAGAAAUGUGAUUGAAGUCAACAGCACGGCUUUUGCUGAACGUGACAUAUUUCCUUGGAUCUAA